AUGACGAAUCACAACGACGUCCCUUUUCGAGGCAAAAGCUCAACCCCGACGCAAAAUGUGAUGUGCGUAACGAACUUCGACCUUUGCUUCACGUUCGUCUGCAGUGGGUGGGAAGGCAGCGCCCAUGAUGCACGAAUUUUUACUGAGACAAUAAACGAUCCAACCAUGAACUUCCCAACGCCUGACGAAGUGGAACGGACGUUCGGGAUUUUGAAGAAUCGGUUCCCGAUUUUGGAAAAUAUGCCCCCGUACGCGAUACCGGACCAACGAUUACUUAUGGUUGCGUGUUGUACUAUACACAACUUCAUCCACAAGGACUAUGGGGAUAUUGAUCCAUUAUUCAGACACGCUUUGCAACAACUAUACGGUGAAGCUUGGAUCGAUGUCUCACAGCGGGUUAAUAUGCCAAGUGAAACGCAUGUAACACAUGGACUCCAACCAGAUCAAUCACAGUCGAGUGCACAUUACAUGGGGGCAUAUCGGAACACAAUGAAGACUAGCAUGUGGGAUUGGGUCAAUAGGGCAUAA